UACACCACCGUGUAUUAUGCACGUUUCUGCAUAUUUAUUAAGGUAAACAUGCAAAUCAACAAGAUGUGCUAGUUUGCUCUUAUGAAUGUUGAACUUCUCCAUAUCAAAUCGUCUUGCAGCUUUUUUGGCAUGUGUUUUUACAGUCGGAAUCCUCUAUCAUGGCCUUAUAUCAACGUUAAAUAAGUCAAACAGUUUAUGAUUACAGCACAACAGCAAAGUUUCACCCAGUCAUUGGGAGAUUUCAAGUUUGAAUCUCAACAAUGCCAUAGCCAUCUAUGUCCAUGAGGCCAAAAGAGCAUAUUUGGUUGUGCUCUCUAUGUGGGAAUGAUGGCCUUAGUCUCUCCCCUGUUGAUCAGAGCAAUGCUAACCGAUUGUAGGUGUCUGUGAGCUUAUGCAUGUGGAAAGGGCAGUUCGUGCCUUGCUCUGAGUUCAGCUGUCCUUUGACAUAGUGUAGCAUGAGCAGCAGUUUAAAAAGAUGCAAUGUCUGGUUUCAUAUAUCUUAGAAUGUCUUUUGUUAGCCUCUAUUCACCACCUCUGGUUGGUCAUGUGGCAGGGGAGAACCAAAUAAUGGGUGUGAAUUGGCAAUGAAAUAUUAUGUAGCAGUUAAUUUAACACCAUCAACAUUGCAAUUAUUGCAUAAUUAUUUCUUGACACACAUCUGGAUAUAGAGAAAGUUUGAAGAAUAGGCCCUACUCAGAUUUAUUUGAAUACAUUUUCAUCACACAGUAGUAGCCAGUACAACUGAGUUGGACUAGCAGUGUGGUUAGUUAUUCACCAUUCAUAAUGUUGGCUUGGCGUAAUGUUGACUCUUUAUUCCAGUCGACUAUGAUGAAAAUUACAGCAGGACAGGAUGUGAAAGCAAAUGCCCUGUUGGUAUGAAGCAGAGCCUCCACUCAUCACAGCAGAGGGGAAAGUUCCAGAGAGACUGAGGAAAAAAAAGAAGAGCAGGAGAGAGAGACAGAACAGGAGAGAAAUAGGUAGAGAUAGACAGCAUUAUCUUAUAUCAUAUUUAAAUUUUUUGUCAUGUCAUAGCAGUGCAUGGUUGUUUUGCUGUCUUUGGCAGUUUGUUCUUGAGUUAGCAUGCCUAGAAGAGGAUGCAAUGCGUUGUGCCUUGUUUCACCUUUGACCAACUGUAGGUGCUUUUGCUUGUGAUGUUUUAUCUUAUUUCACAACUACAACACAAUAAAAAUAACACAUGGCACAGGCACUAAUUCAGUGCUUUUCUGUGGUAAACUUAUAUCUGUUAUUAUAACACUAAAUGCUGUUGCAGCACUGAGGUAAGUUUCAAGCAAAGUCACUAUCAGCUCAUGUCCUACCAUAUUAAACUUUUGUUUAAUACAACAUUUAUUAGCAGGUUUGUAAAUUAAGUCUUUUGCCAGGUAUGAAAGGAUGGAAUAGGGAAACAAAUAAAGCAAGUGUAAAUAAAAGAAGAAAAGAAAACAAAUCUUAGUUAGGCUACAUGAAAACAGUCUGCUUUUGAACAUAGAAGUAGAUAAGAAGAGGAGAACUAUUUUUGUCCAUUUGUCUGCUCUACCAAUUACGCAAUGCAGUGCUAGUUUUGAAGUUUAUCUGAACAUCGCCUAUAACAGUGAACUUUAUCUGAUAAGCAGCAACCUCCUUUUGAGUCAUGUAUACUAUUUGCUGAGAGGCAUCAUUUAAAAAUAUCUUUAACUCAGACAUUCUUUUUUUCCAUUAUGGAAAUCAGUUGUUAUUAUAGCCUAUGUUAUGAAUUUUCCACUCUGAUCAUCUCAAUGUAGAAUUUAGUACACUGUUUUAGGUCUGUGUGAGACAUUUUGAUUUUGCAAAGCCAAGACUUAUUAUAUGAAGCUUUGUUGCUUUUUACUUCCUGCAGGUAUAAAGUGUGUUAAAUAACAAGUCACUGAAUUGGUGCUGACGUGUUAAUUUCAGGCCUUUAUUAGUGAUAGCCAUUGGGGUGUCAUCAUUGUUUAGAAUGGUUGAAAAGUAAUCUGCUGAUAAUUAUAAUAUUAUGUUAAAUAUGACAUUGAAAGACAUCCAAAAAAAAACACCUCAAUUGUGCUUUGGCACAGCAUUUUUUUUAUGCAAACAUUAUGUCCAGAGGGAAGAACUGGGCAUUUAUGGGUGUUGAUUAUGUAUGUUGACGACCACUGCUCCCAGUAUCCAUAUCAAUAAGGGGUGGGGUUGACAUUGUGAAGGGGUGCUAAGUUUCACAAUGUUUGCAGAAGUGAACCGAAACUGUGACAACAGGUGGGUGCUAUAAUGGCAAAUUCUGCUUGAUAUUGGUUAAAGAGACAUUUUGUAAAUCAGCAAAUCAGCACUUUUAUAUGGAAUUUGGUCACUGAAAAUAAUUUUCAACCAUGUUUUUUGUAUGUGUCCUAGCUGGCUGCCAGGGAGAGAACGAGCACAUGGCCCAUUGUCACUAAUGAAGCUAACAGUGGCAUGUUGGUGUCUUUUAACAGUCGACAUAAUGCAAACUGGAGAAAUUGAAAACAAAAUACUGAAAAUAUGAAUUCUGAAUGUUUAGAUAGGUGGGUUGAUUUGAUCACUUCUGUGUCACAAAGAGUAACAAAAUCAGCCAGUCUAUAAAGUAACAUUUUCUGAAAAAUACAACACAUUGACAGUUGUAGUGCUAUUUCUACUUACAAUGACUUACAUAUCUCUGGACUAGCAGGGAAAUGUUAUGUUAUGUGUACUUUAUCUGAAUAAUUUUUGCUAAUAUAGCAAUAAAUGAUGCACACAUUAUAUGAAUAUGAAAACACAACCAAUUAAUUUGCUGUCUGUAAAUAGAAAUCAAUAAAUGAACUCUGGACAUUAAGGUUUCAGGAUGUCAUUCAGGUUUUAUCUCACAUCACACACAUGAACUCUUUUUUUUUUUAUUUCUCAUGGAAACAAAUGCAUGGCAACACAGAUAAAUGUAUGCACUCAAAAUAGUGAGGCUGUGGUGAGAAAUGUGGCAAACUGAGUAGGAGAGUAGGGCAAUGAGGCAUGAGCUGUGAUGUUUGGGCUGAUUUUCAAUGGUCACACUGGCCCUAUUAGACAGACACACUGAUGUUGCACUGUCGAUGGAGUGGGGGGUGGAAACAAGCGAGAGUGCAUGAGCGGGAGAGAGAGAGAGAGAGAGAGGGAGAGAGCAAGAGCGAGAGAGGGAGAGCAGUCGUCUCUGUGUAAACAAGCUGUCAGAAAAGAAAGUGCAGAGACAUUUCUGCACACUGCAGCUGACAGGAGCGCAUUGCAUAGAAACAGCAGACGGAUAAUCACGAGAGGAGAGAUGUUUAAUUAAUUCAUGCUGGAAGGGGGAGAUGUUGCCACUGAGUAAAAAGGCUGGAGUGCUGUGUGUACACUGCUGCCUGUAGCUUUGUGCUCGUGCCUGUGUGCCACUAAGAGGGUCUGUGCUCUGACCAUUUGAAACGCUCACGAUAUCAUCACCUGGAUUACCAGAGUUCCUCUUGAUCAGUCUCCUAACAGAUGUUUUAUGGGCUUUGAUCUCCUGUUCUUCCCAUUCCCCAUGGCAAUGCUGGUUGAUGUGGUUCAUGGACAGUCAGUUCUCUCCUGUGUGAAGUUCCCUCCAGUGCAAAUCACAACCCCUUCCUGUCACACUUCGUCCAUUUCACCUUGACUCUGCACUCGUGCCCUCUCAUCUCUCCAUUCCAGCACUGCCCCCCUCCAGCACCACCUUUUUGCCAUCUGGUCACUGAGGGAGUUGGGAUGAUGCCAGUCAUGCACAGCUCCAAUUUCUGUUUCAACCAGGGCUAAUCAGAGGCGUCUCCAAACACCCCUCCUCGCCACACACACCGCAGCGGGCGAGAUGGGCGACUGUAGCUGGGUGUGUUUGAGCCCAGCCGAGUUCUCCCAACUUCAGCAAUACAGCGAGUAUUCCUCUAAGAAGCUAAAAGAUGUUUUGGAGGAGUUUCAUGGAAAUGGUAUACUCUCCAAAUACAACCCAGAGCAGCCUAUCGACUAUGAGGGCUUCCAGCUCUUCAUGGCCACGUACUUAGAGAAUGACAUCCCGGAGGAACUGUGCCAACAUCUCUUCACUUCAUUCAAGAGUAAGACCGGAACAAGCAGUUCCCCUGAUGUUCCCCGAACCGGAGCAACGCUGCUCGAACCCAAGUCGAUUGAUGCAGGUAUCUCUAUUCAGACAGAAGUGGCCUGCGCUCCUAUAACAGGGAUGAAUGGGAAAAGUAUCCUCAGUGCUAUGGGCAGACACACUUCAGAGCACCCAGCUGGUGUGAUGCCAGGAUCCGGUGCCACCACCUCGCCAUGCUCCUCCCGCUCCUCUUCACAACGCUCAGGCACAGGGGGUCACACUCCUCAUCGCUCACCCAAACCCUCAGCAGGCAGCAGCUGCAAUGCCCUGGCCCCCUCCAAGAGUGCCAACUCCCCUCGACUCUCCCCAGAGCAAAGUCGAUCAGACAAGGCGGUGUCUCUGAGGAAAAGUCCAUCCCCUCAGAAGAGUUCCACCCCGUCCUCACCACAGAUCGUCUUCCUGAAAGACAUUGUGUGCUACCUCUCUCUACUGGAGCGAGGGACUCCAGAGGACAAACUAGAGUUCAUGUUCCGGUUGUAUGACACGGAUGGCAAUGGCCUGCUGGACAGCUCAGAACUGGACCGUAUCAUCAAUCAGAUGGUCCAUGUAGCAGAAUACCUGGAAUGGGACUCAACAGAGCUGAAGCCAAUCUUGAAGGAGAUGAUGGAGGAGAUUGACUACGACCAUGAUGGAACAGUCACACUAGAAGAGUGGAUCAGAGGGGGAAUGACCACUAUCCCCUUGCUGGUACUGCUGGGCAUGGAGACGAAUGUACAAGAAGAUGGGCAGCAUGUAUGGAGACUGAAGCACUUCAACAAGCCAGCGUACUGUAACUACUGUCACACUAUGCUGUUAGGAGUGCGCAAACAAGGCCUUUGCUGCUCACUAUGCAAGUACACAGUCCAUGAGCGCUGUGUGUCCAAAGACAUUGCUGCUUGCAUCAGCACCUAUGCCAAGUCCCGCAGACACACCAAUGCUAUGCAGCAUGUAUGGAUGGAGGGCAAUUCUCCAACCAAGUGUGAUCGAUGUCACCGCAGUAUCAAGUACUACCAGGGCCUUACUGGUCUUCAUUGUGUUUGGUGUCAAAUUACUCUCCAUAAUAAGUGUGCAUCUCAUGUGAAGCCAGAUUGUGAUGGUGGAGCAUUGAAAGACCACACCCUCUUGCCAUCUUACAUCUGCCCUGUUGUACUGGACCGUCACUCUGUAGUAAAAAGAGGAGAGGGUGAGUCCUCCCCCAACACCAGUCCUGAUGACUCCAACCAGUGCUUUAAGUUCACUGGCGAUGGUCAAGCACUACAGAUCACCCCUCUUCCGGGAACACAUCCUCUACUGGUGCUGGUUAAUCCGAAGAGUGGUGGUCGGCAGGGAGAAAGGGUAUUGCGGAAGUUCCAGUACCUGCUUAACCCCAGACAGGUUUACAGUCUAGAUCGUGGAGGGCCCAUGGUAGGAUUAAACUUUUUCCGUGAUGUGCCUGAUUUCCGAGUAUUGGCCUGUGGAGGAGAUGGAACAGUGGGCUGGAUCUUGGAUUGCAUUGAUAAGGCUAAUUUUGCCUGCCACCCUCCUGUCGCCAUCCUACCACUGGGUACUGGGAAUGACCUGGCACGCUGCCUCCGCUGGGGUGGAGGCUAUGAGGGAGGCAAUCUUCUCAAGUUCCUCAGGGACAUUGAACACAGUAGUGAGGUAGUGCUGGACCGCUGGAACAUUGACAUUUCCCCUGACGACAAGGAAGAAAAGGGAGACCCUGUGCCAUACAGCAUAGUCAAUAACUACUUUUCCAUUGGAGUGGAUGCAUCAAUAGCUCACCGAUUCCACUUGAUGAGGGAAAAACAUCCUGAGAAGUUCAACAGCAGGAUGAAGAAUAAGCUCUGGUACUUUGAAUUUGGCACCACAGAGACCAUUUCAGCCACGUGCAAGAAGCUGAAUGAGGGUGUGGAAGUGGAGUGUGAUGGCAUCAUCCUGGACCUCAGCAACACAUCUCUGGAGGGGAUUGCUGUGCUCAAUAUUCCCAGCAUGCAUGGUGGCUCCAACUUGUGGGGGGAGACCAAGAAGAGACGCAACUACAACCGCAUGAGUAAGAAGCUACCUGAAAGGAUGUGUGUCACCACCGUCACUGAUGCCAAGGAACUUAAAUUCUGUGUACAAGAUCUGAGUGACCAGCUGCUUGAGGUGGUGGGCUUAGAAGGGGCCAUAGAGAUGGGCCAGAUCUACACAGGCCUCAAGAGUGCUGGUCGACGCCUCGCCCAGUGUGCCAAUGUCACCAUCAGGACAUUCAGACUGCUGCCUAUGCAGAUUGACGGGGAGCCAUGGAUGCAGCCUCCAUGCACGAUACGAAUUACACACAAGAAUCAGGUACCCAUGCUGAUGGGUCCUCCACAGAAAACCCCCUUCUUAUUAUUCAAAAGGCGCAACAGAAGUCGGGACUAGGCUCACCUCUAACACACACACACACACACACACACACACACACACACAUACAUAUCUUCACUAAUCUCAGUCACUGUAUCUACUCUGCUGGGGUGGUGAAGAUGGACAUCUGAGAGGAAAACUAGUACAGAAGUCCAAAUUUUUGGCGAUGGACAAAUAUUAAACUCAUACCUUUAUAUUGCAUGGACAAAGGACUCUGAUGCCUGUAGUAGCCUAACCAUUAGAGACUUCAGUGACUGAAGAAGCCAACCCAGCAUCUUGACCAAUACCUGUGUGUUUGAAUCUCUGAUAUUCCUACAAUGGGCUGUAUAGGCUGUAGCUUUUUAACAAUUCCUGCCAGAGCCAGGACCACCAGACCAUUAACUUUGUAUCAUUCUGUGCUCUCUCACUUCCUGUCACUGGGUUCAUCAGACAA